GGGAAGAGGCGGGGCAAGCAGCAGGUGGCGCUCCGGUGCUAUGGCGGAGGCCGCGGCGGAGAGCGGGCCGAGCCCUGCGCCGGCAGCUCCCGGAGCCGGCGCGUUGCCGGCCCUGUACGCCCAGCUCGAUGACCACGUCGUGCAGCUCUUCCUGGAGCUUGAGCAGCUGGAAGGGAAGCGGGCGGAGCUGAACGCCCGAGUGGAAGAGGGCUGGUUCUCCCUCUCCAAGACUCGCUAUGCCAUGGGAGCCAAGGCCGUCAGUCCCCUUCAGUACAGCUCCUCGAUGGCUCCGCUCUUCCGGGUCUGCGCCAGUGAGCCGGAGCCUGGCCGGCCUGAGUUCCGGGUGGUUUUCACCAAAGCGGGGUCUCCGAAAGACUCGAGCCCCAAGGAGGACCAAGGUGUGGUGGAUGGGCGGCCGAAGUCCGAGUCUCCGGUGCUGCGGAGGCGGCAGCAACCUCCCGGGGCUCCCCCGCAGCCCGCCGCGCCCUCCCCCGCCACUGAGACGUCGGGAGAGCCGGACCCCCUGACCUGGUUUGGGAUCUUGGUGCCCCAGAGUCUGCGGCAGGCCCAGGGAAGUUUCCGGGCAGCCCUACUAAUCGCUGGGGAAAUUGCGGAGCUCCAGAGCCGAAUCGCGUGGGAAAGAGCCCAGAUUCAAGGCCUGCUCCAGGAGAAACGGAAGCUGCUUGAACAGAUGAAGGUGGAAUGAACUCAUUCUCUAAGACUUAAAAUCCAUAUAAAUUAUUUAUCUCUUGUUUGAUGACUCUCAAAAGGAAAAGGUUAAAAAUAAAACUUUUUUUUCCCCCUUUCUGGA